CCUAUUGUAGCAUACAAACAUUUCCCCACUUAUGACUUUCUGUAAAUAAAUAUCAAUUAAGUUUAAAAGUAGAAGGAAAAGGAGAAAGAGAAGAAGGAGGAGAGGAGAAGAAGAGAGAAAGAAAUCAAAACAGUUAGCUUGAUGAUUCUGCACACACGCACGAGAGAGAGAACAGUCAGUGGUGCUGAAUGUGUGGCCCUAGAAACAGGAACAUCAGCAUUAUCUAAGAACUUGUUCAAAAUGCAAAAUCUUGGCCCCAUUAUUGACCAACUGAGUGAAAAAGUCUGGGGCCUCGGGGACACACUAAUCUAUCUUUUCACAUGAUCUCCAGGGGAUUCUUUUAAGGGUAAGAAUCACUGGUCUAACAAUUGGGUUUGUCUAACACUCCCAGAGUCCAUUUCUUUGGAAGAGACUCUCAUCCUUUUAGACAGUGGCCUGAAAAUCCUACAUCCUGAAAAUUUCUAAAAUUUUCAAUGUCCUUGGUACUUUUGGCCCCCAAGGAAGACCUCUGAGAGAGUAAGUGUUUUUGAGACAUUUAGAAACUUUUUAACAACUCCCAUUGUUCCCUUGCCUCCAGCGGGAAUCGGGCAAGAAUCAGCCCAGCUCUGCUUCCUGAGCGGAGCCCAGUCCAAUAGCAUCUCCCUGAGGAUAUGCCCUCUUUCCCUAGGGUCACCCCCGCUGUCACACGUGAUGUGUGGGCAGUGACCAGGGAGCUGACGCUGCAGGAAAAGGCUCUCCAAGACAAUGUAAGACCUGAGGACUUUCUCCGGUUCUGGACUGAAGGAAGAUAUGGAAACUGAGACCCAGAGAGAUGAAGUAGCUUAAUCAAGGUCAAAUCUCAAGGAGGCAGAAGCCCUGAAAUUUUACUGAUGUUCUGUUGGACUCCACCUAUCUCUCUACCAUUGUAUCACAUGGAAUCUUUGAAAGGCAGGUUGCAUAUGUCUCUGGAUGGCUUUAAAGAUAUGUCACGAAUGCAUAUGACAGCACCAACUUGUAAACUCUCCACAGACAAGCCAAUUUCAUCAGCACCUAGUGAUAUGGUCUACACAUGAGGCUCCAGCAUCUGGAGCUGGACAACUCUGAGCCCUGAGCACUAAAAGUGACUUCAUGCAUGUAUACCUGUGGUUCAUUUUCUCUAGGUGUAUGGAUGAGACGCCAUGGAACCAGGGAAUCUCACGUGGGUAUCAGAAUUUGUCUUCCUGGGGUUCUCACAGACUCGAGAGCUCCAGCUUUUCCUGUUUCUGGUAUUCCUGAUUGUCUACACCACCACUGUCAUAGGAAACCUCCUCAUCAUGGUCACAGUGACCUCAGACACACGGCUCCACACACCCAUGUACUUUCUGCUCCGAAAUCUGGCUGUCUUAGACCUCUGUUUCUCCUCUGUCACUGCCCCAAAGAUGCUGGUGGACUUCCUCUCUGAGAAGAAGACCAUCUCCUACCAGGGCUGCAUGGCCCAGAUCUUCUUCUUCCACUUUCUGGGAGGCGCCAUGGUCUUUUUCCUCUCAGUCAUGGCCUAUGACCGCCUUGUUGCCAUCUCCCGACCCCUCCACUAUGUGACCAUCAUGAACACACAGCUCUGUGUGGCACUAGUGGUGACAGCCUGGAUGGUAGGUUUCGUCCAUUCCAUUGCCCAACUGGCUCUGAUGCUUCCAUUGCCUUUCUGUGGCCCCAACGUCCUGGAUAACUUCUACUGUGAUGUCCCACAAGUGCUGAGACUCGCCUGCACUGACACCACCCUCCUGGAGUUCCUCAUGAUCUCCAACAGUGGGCUGCUGGAUGUCAUCUGGUUCUUUCUCCUCCUGACCUCCUACUCAGUCAUCCUGGUGAUGCUGAGGUCCCACUCUGGGCAGGCGAGGAGGAAGGCAGCUUCCACUUGCACCACCCACAUUGUCGUGGUGUCUAUGGUUUUCAUACCAAGCAUUUACCUCUAUGCCCGGCCCUUCACCCCCUUCUCCAUGGACAAGGCUGUGUCCAUCAGCCACACGGUCAUGACCCCCAUGCUCAACCCCAUGAUCUACACCCUGAGGAACCAGGAGGUGCAGGCAGCAGUGAAGAGACUAGGGAGGCGCCGGCUGGUUUGUAAAAGGGAGUGACAAUGAGUGGGUCACUUCUCUUUGGCUUUGUUUUCCAUUUGUAAAAUGGAGGGAAAGCUACUGUGUCUGCUGGCUAUCUUCAUAGCGUGUGCAUAUGUUGUGGAGGUCAUCAUAGAAGUGAGUGAGUUUUGAAACUAAGCAACUGACUCAGAUUUUUGGGAAAAAGGGAAAAGUCCCCUUUGGUGGCUAAGGUUUGUGCCAGGUGUCUAAAACCCCUGCUCACUGAGAAGUGUUCUCAUGACUCUGGAAAGCUACACCCUUCUUUCCCCCUUCUUGGGGGAAUCGUUUCCUCUUGUGAUGAGGGCAUUUCCCCCAGCGAAGGCACUUCUAGUUUAUGUGUUUUGACUUCUCUUCCCAGCACCCCUUUUGACCUGUGUCCAGAGUGUUAGAGAAAGCACAGACCUUGAAGACAUAGCCUUAGCUUGGGAGCCCUGGACCCAUAUGUUACCAGACUGCUGACCUUGGAUAAGCUACCUGGCCUCUCUUGAACUCAUGGAUUCCUCCUCACCAAACUGGCAUAAAGCAAUAUCUGUCCCAAUAAUCUCACAGAUUUGUUAUAAGAUCCAAAACGUGUAUAAGAAUAUUUUAUCAACCUUACAUAGAACCUAUGUGAGGGUUAUUGUCAUUGUUAUGAUUAUUCCUGACAUGUAUUUUUUCAUGGGUUGAGCGGUGUUUUGGAAGUGUUUGGUGGCAAUUCCUCAGUGCGGUGAGGGAGGCAUGGAGAGGGUGGGAGCUGAACUUCAGAGGGCCAUGCAGCAUGCCCAUGAAUGAAACAGAGAACAGAGAGUGAGCACAAAUUCAGGGGCAUAUCUUCAAGGCAAUAUUCUUAUUUUUAUUUGUGAUGGAUGAUUUGAACUCUUCUAUGACAGUAAGAUAUAUUCUCAUAGGAACAUUCUGGAAAGCCACACUCUCACAUAUUUCUGCCUUCUUGGUGGACAGUUUCCUGUUAUUAUGACACCAUUUCUCCAUAAGAGCAUUGUAUUUUCUUUAUUUUGACCCCUUUUUCCAAUACUCUGUUUUGGUGUGAGUCUGGAUUGGUGGAAAUAGCACAAGACUUAGAGGUUAAGCUUUAAAUGAAAAUCUCUAACCCAUAACUUACCAAACUGAUGAUGACCUGGGAUGAACCACUUGACCUCUCUUGGCCUCAUGACUUCUUCUUCAAUAAAUUUGCUUAAAUUAGUAUCUGACCUCCAAACCUCCCAAAUUUAUUAUAAGAAUCAAAUAAAAAAUCAUGUGAGAAAACAUUGGGCAAACCAUGUAAAUAUUUUUUCUUCCAGUCUUUUUUUGAUGAUUUUAUUUUAUUUUCAAAUUUGAAAAUAUCAUGAAUGUUCAGAUUAUUUCUGCAUUACAUUUUCAGUGUAGAAUAAUAAUUGUUACAAACAAAGGAUUAUGUCUAAAAUACAUGUAAGUUCUAGAACAUUAUAGCAUUAUGAGAGCUCCUAGAAAGACUACUUGAUUUAAGAAAUAGAAGUUACCAGUAACUUAUACCUACCCACAGGGUCCUCUGCCUCACAUUCACUCUCUCCUCCCCAAUGAAACUCUUUUCCUGAAUUUUGCAUUUGCCAUCCUAUUGCUUACAAAAACACUUUUAUCACGUUUUUACAUAAUCAGUAAAUAUACUGAUUCUGUUUUGUUUUAUUUUGAGCUUUCUGAAAAUAUCCUACUGGACAUAAUAUUCUUGGAUUUACUUCUUUUUCCACUCAGCAUUAUAUUUUUAAGCUUAUUUGGGUUGUUUCCAGGUUUGUUUGUUUGUUUGUUUUGCUAUUGAAAACAGUGCUAUUUUGAAUAUUGCCUUAUUUGUCUCCAGUUGCCAUGUUGAGGAGCUAUGGGCUAUACCUUGAAGUAGAAUUGCUGGGACUCCUGGGUGGCUCAGUCGGUUGAGCGUCCUGACUCUAGAUUUUGGCUCAGGUCAUGAUCCCAGGGUUCUGGGAUCAGGCC